AGCCUCGCAAGCGGUACUUCCAGAUUACCAACCCUCAAUGCCCACAUCUCUAACGCCCAACCCUUUCAGUCCAGACCCUAGUACUAAAACCUUUAUAUACAAAUUCUAAACCUUCCAUUUUUCUCAGACAGGAAGAGUCACAGGAAUGGCGUUCGCAGUCUCCACUGACUUACACUUCCCUAAAUUACACUUUUCCCAAUGGAAUUUGCGGCCUAAAGUCUCAAACUUUCCACCCUCGCACGUUAGAUUUUCUAGAACAUUACAGCAGAAAAAUAGAACGAUGUUUUGUGCUGCUACAUCUGCUGCAGGAAGUUCUAAUCCAGACAGCAACUUAAAUCCAUAUGAGGUUCUUGGUGUGAGCCCCAUUGAGGGAUUUGACAUGAUCAAGGCAGCAUAUACAAAAAAACGCAAGGAAGCUGAGAGGACAGGUGAUGAAGUAACUGCUACCAGACUGGAGAAGGCAUAUGACAAAGUCAUGAUGGAACAAUUAACAAAGCGCAAGAAGGGUGUAACAUAUGGUCAAUUCAAGGUUUCAAAGGACAUCAAAUAUGCUGAUAAGCAGCCAAUUGUACCAUGGGGGCCAAGGUUCACGAAGUCCGAGGACAAAGAUAUGCGCAUCAACAUUGCAAUAUCUGCUGUAUUUACAGCUUGGACUAUUCUCAAGCGCAAUGCGGAAUAUAAGCCUUUGCAAUUUUUAGCUUUUGCUUUUGUUUAUCGGAUUUUUGAGAAGCUGAAGGCCUUUGAACCACCCGCAUCACCAACAUAUACGGAAGAUGGUGAAGAUUCAGGGCGAGCACUGCGAAUGGGAAAACGCCUGCUUCGUUCUCUUGGAUUAGUUUUUGGCUGUAUUGCUGUUUCAUCUCUGGGAUACACUGGUCUUCUAAAUUUGAUUGAAUUUGUCGGUGGCUACAUACCUGCUUUUCUUUACAACAAUCAGGAGCUAUUAAUCACCACUUCAACGGCAGUCAUGCUCUAUAUUAUGGCAUCGUAUUACAGAUGAAGAAUCUUUGAAGAGAUUGAGGAAAACCAUGCAGCAACAAUAUAACUGGUUAAAUGAGGCUCUAAUUUUAUGGCAUCUUGUCUUUGGAUAACCAAAUUAGAUAUCGUUUUGAGUUCAAAUUUUGUUACAUGAGCAACUAAAUUUUUUGAGUGAAGAAGGAAAGUGAUUCAAGUUCUAGCAUUUAAAUUCCAUGUAGAAUAAUGUUAUCUUAUUAGAAAGUUCUUCCUGCUGUUGUAGA